AUGACUUCGCUAGUUUGCCUUUAUAUUUUACUUCAAAUAGGACUAACAUUUUACCACAAACAUCGAGUUCCUUCAUUCCAUUUUGGCUUUCUAGUGCUAUGUUGUAUAUGGAUGAUUUUGAGGACCGUUUAUUACUUUUCUGUCAUUGAUAAUUGUGGCGUGUUCUUUUUGUACUAUUUACCAAUUUGUGUGGAAUUUGCAGUGUUCACAUUGCUGGGAGUAUUUUUCUUCAAACUACUGAAUUACGGAGGAAAAUGGGAAAAAUCCUUAUUGCAGACAGUAGAUGAACCGUUACAGGCCCACACUCCAACUCCAUCAUCUCCUUCUCCAGCUACAGGAAUUUUAUCAGGCUCUGGCGUGCAAAACUAUGCUCCUUCCAAUCGACGACGAUCUUACCGACCACCCUCUUCUACUUUUAGUGAUAACUAUGGAGCUGUUUCCAAUGGAGCAAUUGGAUCUCUCAACAAUGACGAUCAAGACGACGAUACGAAAACAGAUACUUCGUUUGUAAGCCAAAAUAUUGAAGAUGCUUAUGAAGAACAAUCGAAAAUUUCAUAUUACCAUGCCCAAACCAAUAAUUUUUAUAACAGAUUCAUCAAAUUUUUAUGCACUAGAAAGGUUUUGUACAUGAUCUUGUGGGUUUUGACAAACUUGGGAUUUUUUUCUAUUAUCUUUUCUUUUUCCAUAGCCUCAUGCACCACUGCAUUUGAUAGUGAACAAACAAAUUCAGUGAUUGGAUUGGCAAGCGCAUGUUCGUUUACUGUAUUAAUGGUAAUGCUGUUGGCAAUUGGACUCCGAAUGGUAUAUAUUUUUAGAAGACGAAAUGACAUACCUGUAAGCUUGAAGGUUAUGCCAAUUCUAAGUAUUUUAAUUUUUUUCAGCAAAUGGACAUUUAGUAGAAAUGCUGUGAAUAUUAAUUUGAGGCGACAUCAACAUGAAGAGAGUCAAGAAUCUGAAGCCACAAAUACCAAUUUCAAUGCCAGUGAUCACGGAUUUGAUACAAAUGCUCCACUGAUCAUUGGAGCUCAGACAAGUAGUAGAGUCAUUGGACGAAGAACACACAGCACAGGACAAUUACAAAACACUGGAUACAACACUGGGCAGGAUGGUGAAACGACAGAGUCAUCUCUUUAUGAUGAUAUUGAGACUGAUAGUUCAUAUAGCGCCAAUGACUAA